AUGGCUCAUAUUCUAAGGGACAAAGAGGAAGUUUGCCCCAGGUAUGGGGGCAUUGCACAGAAGCAGAAGAGUGAUAGGAAAGAGACUUGGCAGGAGAUGGCAGAGUUCGAAACACCAAGUGAGGCAUCAGGGUUGAAUCCAAAAAGUCUGGAGCCUGGGCAUGGCUCAUGCAUCAUCCCAGCUACCAGGGAGCUCCGAGUGGCAGCUCUCUCUUAGUUCUGGCAUUCUGAGCUGCAGUGGACUGUGCUGAGCAAGGAUGCUAGAUAUGGUGAGCAAGAGGCCAUGGGGUUGCCAAAGAUCAGUCAUUCUUUUUUAAGCCCUUAUCUUCUGUCUUGGAAUCAAUACUAUAUUUUGGAUACAAGGCAGAAGAGCGGCAAGGUCUAGGCAAUAGGGGUUAAGUGACUUGGCCAGGGCCACCAAGCUAGGAAAUAUCUGAGGUCAAAUUUGAACCCAGGACCUCCCAUCUCUAGGCCUAUCCCUCAAUCCACUAAGUCACCCAGCUGCCCACUAGAUAGUCAUUCUAAAGCAUUUAAGUGUCUGCUGAGUGCCAGACACUGCAGAUAUAGAGGAAGGCAAAAGCCAGUUCCAGCCCUCGGUGAGCUCCAAGUCCAGUGGGGGAAACAUAUGAAGACAACUGCACACAUACAAGCUAUAUCAGGAUAAAUUGGGGGUCAUCAAAAGAGGGUAGUCACUAGAAUUAAGAGGCAUUGGGACUUCUCUUACUAAUGGUGAGGGUCUAAGCCAGUUGUUGGAACAGAAAAGAGAAUGUGUUCUAGGUAUGGGGGAGAGCCAGAGAUAAUGCCUGGAGCUGAGAGAUGGAGGCUCUUGUUCAUGGGACAGCCGGGAUGCCACUGGAUAAACCUGUACAUUCUGGGGGUGAGGUGUGAGAAGAUUGGAAAGGUGGGGGUGGGGACAGGGUAUGAAGGACUUUGAAUGCCCAACAGAGCAUUUUGUAUUUGCCCCUGGAGUUUAUUGUGUAGGAGCGGACAUGAUCAGACCUGCUUUUUAGGGAGAUUUCUAGUGGCUGAAUGGAAGAUAGAUUGGGUAGGGAGACUCGAUGGCAGCUACUGUAGUAAUCCAGGCAUGAGGCGACCAGAGGAGAGAUGCUGCACAGGAGACAUCAGCAAGCCUCGGCAACAGCUUGGAUUGGAUACGGGAGGGGAGGGGCAGGGUGGAGGUCCGAGGGCCUGGGAGUGAGGUAGAUUUGGGGGAGAAAGGUUUGGGAAGCUAACAAUAAGGAUGUCUGAUAGGUAUUUGGAGUUACAAGAUGUGAGUCUGGAGGUUAGGGCUGAAUGAGUAAAUCAGCCAGCUAUCUGCCUAGGGAUCCCUGAAUCCAUGGGAGCCGAUCACCAAGUGAAGGGUUUGGAGGGAGAAGAACCCCAGGGACACCUCUGGGCAGGCACAGGGCAGGAUCUGGAGGAGGACCCAGCAAAGGAGAUUGAGAAGGAGUGACAGGACAGGAGGAGAAGCAGAAGAGAGAAGGGUGGCCUUUUCAGGACCACAGAAGAGAGUAGCGAGGAGGAGAGAGGGAUCACCGAUGUCCAAGGCGUCCCAGGAGUCAAGGAGAAAGAGGAUUGAGAAAAGGCCCCUGGACUUGGCAGGUAGGAGAUCGCUAGUAAGAGAUUGGUGGUAACCUUGGAGAGAGCAAUUUGGGAGGACUGCUGCCAGAGUGUGGAUUAGAAAGGCUCAAGCAGCAAGAGGGAAGAAGAUGGAAGCAUCCCUUAGAAAUGGCCUUCCCAAGGAGUUAGGGAAGGAGAGAAAUGGCGGACGAGGGAUUGAGAGAGAGAGAAUGGGGAAGAUGGCUGCAUGUUUGUAGGCAAUAGAGAAGGGACCAGCAAAUGGAGACUGAAGCUAAGGGGCAGUCUGGUGGAGGAGGCAGGAAGGAGACAGUUUGUGCAAGGUAGAAGGCCCGCUUUUGCCUGUGCCACUGGGAUAAAGGCAGAGGUCGGGGAAGUCAUCUGAGAGCUGAGGACAAAGGAGGGAGCUCAAGGGACAGCCUCUGGUCUUCUCUGUAAAAUAGGAAUCAAGAAUCUCAGCUGGGAGGAGUGGGGAUGGGGCAGGGGGAGGCACCCUUGAGAUUUGGAAGAGUUGAUGUGGAGAGUGGGAUGGUGAGUUAAUUCAGGAAGUAUAAGAAGGGCCCAGGGAGGUCAUAUGGAGCUCACAUUUGGUAUGAAGCUGCUCAGCAGGAGAAUGGACCCAGGUCAGAAGCAGAUUGAGGAAGAGCUCUGGUUCCAGUAGCGAGAUUGGGUGGAAUGGGGAGCCUUUCCAGUAGGGAAGCACCAGGGUGGGACCUGUGUUUAAGAAGAGGAUUUGGUCUGGCCCUGAUAUAGGGGGCAGCCUUUGGAGGGGGAGGGCCUGGCAGCAAAGAACAUCUGCUCUAGCCCACGGGAGAGGGGGAAGCAGAGGCCAUUGAAGGCAGCCCCAGUCCUGGAGCCAGGGUUGCUGGACCUCUGCGCUCCCCCCAAGAGGAUCCCCAAAGAGGACAAUGUUAGGAAAUGAGAGGGCUGGGUUCCUGGGGCAGUCAUUGUUGGAAGCCCAUCAUUGGGUGAGGGAGGACUACUGACCACACACCAGGCCCUGUGGUUAACUCCAGUUUGCAGAGAGCCAUGCAGGAGCCAGCCAGUAGGGCUGGGGCUCAGACCCCAGGCUUUUGGGCCACUGAGUCAAGGACUGAUUCCACCCAGUGCCCCAAAGGUGGGUGUCCACCAGGAAAAGCAGCAGAGGAGACCUGCUUCUGUUGCCAUCUGGAGUGGGGGGAAGCCCUCCCUCCGUGGGCCUCCCUUUAAUACUCGGGAAAAUGCCAGGUGCAGAUCGCUGAGGGACCGAGGGGUAGAGCUAGAAGGAAUCCUGGAGAGGAAAGUGACCGGCCCGAGGUCACACAGCUAGCCUGCAAAGCCCACAUGAGAAUGCGGGCCUCUGGAAAGGUCUGGGACUGCCCUAGCGUCCAUGGAGUGCUUCAGAUUCAGAGCCCCAAAGGAGGGAGCCACGUCGGAACAUGGCCCAGGGAACAAGCCCUCCUCCCAAGGGGCUCAGCUGCCACUCGGCCCUCGAAGCCCCGGAGAGCCCCACGAAAAAGAGAUGGGAGGGCCAUAAGGGUAAGGGUGGAGAAAGUCGUGCAGGAGGAGGCUCCAGGUGCUGCGGGAGAGCCCCAUCCUCAUCCUCCAAGGCCAGCGAAGAAAUCUAGAGAGAUGGGGAAAACGGGCUGGAUCCAGCAAGGCAGGGGCUUGCGGUGGGAGAGUUCGGUCCUCACAACCCCGGAGGCCAGAGUGGAGGAAGAGGGAUGGGAGGGAUGGGCACGGUGAGUCUGGUACUCGUAGCCACGGAGACCAGCGGGGAGGAAAUGGGAUGUGAGGAAUGGGCGUGGUAGCGGGAGAGUCCGGUCCUCGCUGCCCCAGAGGUCGGUGCAGAGGAGGCGAAGGAGGCGGAGCGGAGGUAGGGUGGGGGAGGGGCCGGGCGGCCGCGGUAGCGGCCCUUUAAUCGGGCGCGCGCGCGCGCUCGGCCCCGCCGGAGUCUCCGGAGCGGGAGUAGGAUGGAGCCCCCGCGCGCGCCCGCGCUGCUGCUGCUGCUACUGCCGCUGCUGCUGCCGCUGCCCCCCUGUGCCCGGGGCAAGUACGUGCGGGGCAACCUCAGCUCUAAAGAGGACUGGGUAUUCCUGACGAGGUUCUGCUUUCUCUCCGACUAUGGCCGGCUGGACUUCAGGUUCAAAUAUCCUGAGGCCAAAUGCUGUGAGAACAUCCUGCUCUACUUCGAUGACCCUUCCCAGUGGCCAGCAGUGUACAAGGCCCAAGACAAGGACUGCUUGGCCAAAGAGGCGGUGAUUCGGCCCGAGAACAACCAGGUGAUCAACCUAACUACCCAGUACCCCUGGUCGGGCUGUCAAGUGGUGUCCGAGGGGGGUGUCCGCUACUUGAGCUGCUCCAGUGGCCGCAGCUUCCGCUCAGUCCGGGAGAGAUGGUGGUACAUUGCCCUCAGCAAGUGCGGGGGGGAUGGGCUGCAGCUGGAGUAUGAGAUGGUGCUGACCAAUGGCAAGUCCUUCUGGACCCGCCACUUCUCCGCUGAUGAAUUUGGGAUCCUGGAGACAGAUGUGACCUUCCUCCUCAUCUUCACCCUCAUCUUCCUCCUCUCCUGUUACUUCGGUUACUUGCUGAAGGGCCGACAGCUGCUUCACACCACCUACAAGAUGUUCAUGGCGGCAGCAGGAGUGGAAGUCCUCAGCCUCCUGUUUUUCUGCAUCUACUGGGGUCAGUAUGCCAGCAACGGCAUCGGCAACGAGAGCCUAAAGAUCGUGGCCAAACUACUGUUUUCCGUCAGUUUCCUCAUCUUCUUACUGAUGCUGAUCCUGUUGGGAAAAGGCUUCACGGUGACACGGGGCCGGAUCAGCCACUCAGGCUCAGUGAAACUCUCGGUCUACAUGACACUCUACACGCUCACACACGUGAUUCUCCUUAUCUAUGAGGCCGAGUUCUUCGACCCAGGGCAGGUGCUCUACACCUACGAAUCUCCGGCGGGUUACGGGCUCAUCGGCCUCCAGGUGGCCGCCUAUGUGUGGUUCUGCUAUGCGGUGCUGGUCUCCCUGAGGCACUUCCCCGAGAAGCAGCCGUUCUAUGGGCCCUUCUUUGCUGCCUACACACUCUGGUUCUUUGCUGUGCCCGUCAUGGCCCUCAUCGCCAACUUUGGCAUCCCCAAGUGGGCUCGGGAGAAGAUCGUCAACGGCAUUCAGCUGGGCAUCCACCUCUAUGCCCACGGGGUGUUCCUGAUCAUGACGAGGCCCUCCGCUGCCAACAAAAACUUCCCCUACCACGUGCGAACCUCCCAGAUCGCCUCGGCGGCGGCGGCGGCGGCUGGGGGGGGCCCCGGGCCCGAGGGGGCGCCGGCAGACAAGGCCUUCCCGCAGCACGUCUACGGGAACGUGACGUUCAUCAGCGAUUCGGUCCCCAACUUCACGGAGCUCUUCUCCAUCCCUUCGGCGUCAGGGGCCAGCGUAAGCUCCGCCGUCCGGGUCCCAGCCUCACCCCCUGGGAGCUGGCUCCGCCCCCUGCGGACCUGGCUGCUCACCCAGGCCCCUCUCCCGGGCCCCGAAGACGCCCCCCUCCCCUCCCAGCUCCUGGCCCCGCCCCUGGAGUACCUCACCCCCGUCCCCGCCCCGCCCCCGCCGAGGCGCCGCCGACCCCCGAUCAGCCCCCCCCCGGACUUCAGGACCCCGCCUCGCCCCCUCCCCUCCUGGGUCCUGGCCCUGCUUCGGACCCCUCCCCCGGCCCCCCGAGUGCCCCCUCCCCCGGCCUUCCAGGUGCCCCCUCCCCCGCCCCGCUCCCCGGUCCUGGCCGCACGGCCGCUGACGCCCCCGCCCGAGUUCCUCACCCACGACCUGACCCUGCCCCCGGAGUACCUGUCCCCCCUCCCCACCCGCCAGGGCCGCUUCCUCUCCCUCCCCGAGUCCCCCAGGGCCGGCCACUAGGGACACGGGAGGGGGAGGGGGGAGAGGAGAUUUCGGGACCACGCCCUCCCCUCCCUUCCCCUCCCCCCCUGUACUCCCGCCCUCGACUGACCGUCCCCUCCCCUCCCCGAACCCUC